AUGGAAGAAGGGAAUAUUGCUACUCAGAAUCGAAUUUUCGAGUGGAAGGGGAAGAGACAGAAAACUCAAGUGUCAAAGUGGCCACCGACACCACCAAAUAAGAAAUUGAAUUCGGGAACUUCUAGUGCUUCCACCCCUACUCGAGACUCAGCACCUACCUGUCCGGAUUGUGGAAGAAGACAUCGUGGAACUUGUUAUCGGGUGACCGGGGCAUGCUUUAAGAUUGUCCUCAAAGGGAUCGACAAAAUGGGAAUCGAACCACUACUAGUAGGUUCAACACUGAUUCCAAGUACAAAGUUAGUAGCAAAAACCACCAAUAAUAAAGACACCGCUAGGCAAGGAACGGUGUUCGCGUUGGUUCCGGGCGACGUGCAAAAUGCUGUGGCAGUGGUGUCAAGUACGUUUACUAUUCACGGCCAUUCUGCUCAUGUGUUGUUUCAUUCAGGCUCCACCCACUCAUUUGUGUCCAAAAUAUUUGUCCAAAAUUUAAAUAGACCUGUGGAAUUAUUACCUUAUGUGUUGUGUGUGUCUUCACCUUUGGGGGAUUUUAUGGCUUGUACAUCUAUUUAUUUUGCUUGUGAAUUCUUAAUUCGGGACACCCGAGUAUAUGCCAACUUGUUACCUCUUGACAUGACUCACUUUGAUAUCAUUUUGGGAAUGGAUUGGUUAAGUGAGUAUCAAACGACUAUUGAUUAUGUGACCAAGCAAAUCAGUUUCCACCCUCCGGGACAGUCAGAAUUCACUUUCAAAGGGCAUGGAGUGAUCUCUCCACCUUACUUAAUUUCUGCGAUGAAGGGAUGCAAAUUAUUACAGAAAGGGUGUCAGGGGUAUUUAUGCAGUGUCUUGGAGGGGCAAUCAAUGAAUGGGGGUAUUGAUAUGAUUUCAAUUGUCCGUGAAUUUCCAGAUGUUUUCCCGGAAGAGUUACCAGGAGAGCUGGUGGAUCGUAAAAUUGAAUUUACAAUUGAAGUGGUGCCAGGAACUCAACCCAUUUCUAAAACUUCUUAUAGGAUGUCACCGGUUGAGGUGAAAGAGUUGAAGGUUCAGUUACAAGAUUUACUUGAUAAAGGGUUCAUCUGCUCGAGCGUGUCUCCUUGGGGAGCACCAGUCCUUUUUGUGAAGAAGAAAGAUGGGACUCUUCGGUAG